UUCAACCUCGACGCCCCUAUUUAAAAUCUCUCCUCUCUCAUUUUUUAGGGUUCUCGGCGGCUGCUAGGGUUUACUCUCUCUCCAAUUACAGGUAAGCGAUGGCUCCUCCGCAGCCAAACAGUGGGCUUUUUGUAGGGUUGAGUAAAGGACACGUGGUGACCAAGAGGGAGUUGGCUCCUCGCCCUUCGAGUAGAAAAGGGAAAACUAGCAAGAGGGUGCAUUUUGUUAAGAACUUGAUCAGGGAAGUUGCAGGGUUUGCUCCUUAUGAAAAGAGAAUCACUGAAUUGUUGAAAGUUGGAAAGGAUAAGCGUGCCCUGAAAGUUGCAAAGAGAAAGUUGGGAACCCACAAGAGGGCCAAGAAGAAGAGAGAGGAGAUGGCCAAUGUCCUCAGGAAAAUGAGGUCUGCUGGUGUGUCCGAGAAGAAGAAAUGAUGGAACUUUCUUUCAGAAACUCAUUCGAAAUCCCUCUUGGGUUUUGUUUUUUUGUUUGAAGAGUUCCUUACUCACUUGCUUGUAGGGAUCUUUAUUAGAUGAUUAAGUAGUUUGUUAGUGAGGAGUAUCUGGUAAUAUCUUGUGGAUUGCAUUGUGAAAGGAUUCUGUUGUUUGGUUCCUUUGAUGAUUCUAGUUAUGUUUUUCAGUGAAUUUAUGUAUCAAAUUUUGAGAUAUGAUGUGUUUGUUUGCAAGUAA